GAAGGUCUUUUUAAUCUACAACAACUUACAUAUAUUUGUUUCGACCCAAAGUCAUUACAGUGCUUCAGUUAAGCUUACUGUUUGUGCGAUAGCACUGUGAAUAGCUCCUGUCUGUUAAAAGGAAAAACGAUCAAGCUAUACAGCCAAUCGAGUGUGCUUGACGAAGCAGACAUCGCGUUAUAGCAUAUUGUGUUCAUUACACAAAGUUGGCUGAUUCGCUCAGUGAACUUUUACUGUUGGUGGGGACUUUAGGUUGGAAUUGAAUCAGGAAUAGAAAGUUAGUUACGUCGAGUCAAUGAACACGGUGGACGACCAGCUAACCAUCCAGAAUAAUGAAACAUUUCCUGUAUAUGAGAGCAUGACGCAGAAUUGAAUGCGCGUUUCGACAUAGACAAAGAGUUUUUCUGUAUGUUAAAAUGCUCACCGAGAACAAAACACAAUAUCGAUUGGAACUAUCGGCGUUUCCAGGAUAUUAAACAAUCUGAAUAACUAUGCUAUGUACCUGUAUAUCAAACUUGGUUUUGUUGUUAGAAAUUGAUAUUUAUUGUCAUUGAAAAGAGGAAAUCUCUGCGUGGGCUAAAUAUUUGAAUGAUUCACUUACAAACCGCAAGUGCAUCACUCAAUCCAUAUGUCACAGGAAUACGUAAAAUUCACUUCCAUUAAGGCUGUGGUUUAAACGAAAUAUAUGUGUGUGUGUGAUUAAAGGUAAUACUUAUUCAAGAAUAUUUUUGUAAACGAUACAAAGAUUUUUUUUUCCUCUGUGUUUUUUCUAAUUAUAGAUUGUUCGUUACAAAUAUGUUUGUACGGGAUAUAAUAUCAAGAGGCGUUAAUUCUGUUAAUUGAAACCGUGGAGAUAUAUUAACACAUCCGCCGUGUGCUACAGAAACUGUUAAUGUCACCAACUAGGUAAUUAAUCCAAUACACAGAAUACUGUAAUUAUUGCUCACAAAAAUGAAUUUCAAAAUUCCGAACGGUCUAGGGGAUAUGCUCCGGGACUUUACUGUGUCGGCCAUUCGCGCCAAUCCUGAUAAUCUGUAUGACUUUGCUGUGGACUAUUUUACCAAAAUGCGAGAAAGCAAAAAAUCGAAGACAAUUCCCAUGUAUAUAAUCGUGGAUGAUGAGGAUGCUGGUGAACCAGCCCCAGAAACGAUUCGGAAAAAAACCAACAACCACAGAGCCGCGCGACGGAAUUCCGUUUCUGCCGAACGAUACGAUCCCGAAACGGACCAUGGCUACGAAGAUGAAAAGAUCAUCCACCCAAAGACAGAUGAGCAGUAUAAGCGACUGAAAGAUGCUGUUUCGGAUAUUCUAAUCUUCCAAGCUUUAGACAGAGACCAAAUUAGAGAUGUUAUCGACGCCAUGUUUGAGAAGAUCUGUGAGCCAGACGAAAUUAUCAUCAAGCAAAAUGAUGAUGGGGAUAAUUUUUAUGUUAUCGAUUCUGGAACGUAUGAUGUUCUGGUUACUACAGAUGACGUUGAGAAACGGAUCAAUACGUUAAUAAACAAAGGAAGUUUUGGCGAACUUGCCCUGAUGUACAACAUGCCCAGGUCGGCAACGAUUCAAGCAAAGAGCCACGGCAGUCUCUGGGCCAUGGACAGGACAUCAUUUAGACGAAUAGUAUUGAAGGCAGCAUUCAAGAAAAGGAAGCUUUAUGAAGAACUGCUGGAAAAUGUUCCUAUUCUGAAAUCCCUGGAACCCUACGAAAGGAUGAAUCUAGCGGAUGCGCUUUGUACCAAAGAAUACGACGAUGGAGAAGUUAUCAUUGCUCAAGGAGAUAACGCUGAAGGCAUGUACUUUAUAGAAAAGGGAACUGUUUGUGUGGAUAUUACUAGCGAUACAGGAGAUAAUACAAUGCCGGUUGGUCAACUAGAUAGCGGUAAAUAUUUUGGGGAACUGGCUUUGAUCAACAAUAAACCAAGAUCGGCGAAUGUGCGGGCAGUAGGUAGCGUGAAGCUAGCCUUCCUGGAAACUGAAUCCUUCGAGCGUCUUCUAGGACCCUGCUUGGACAUAAUGAAAAGGAACAGUGAGAUAUAUAAAACGUACGCGGACCAAACUUCCUAAGACAAUCUACUAUUCGUUCAAUCUGAGUAAAACACGGAUCCUAUUUCGUUUCGUUUUUUAUAGUUCAAAAUUUCGUUUUACUUGUCUUCGCAACACUAGGAUCUGGAAGUGUUGUUAUAUAACAUCCGUUCUAGUUGAUGUGGGGAAUUAGCCAAUGAAACGAUCUGUUACGGCGAGUUCUUGUCGAGCUGUGCACGGAACUGUGGGUAAACCCCUAGAAACGUCAACUCUAAUUGAUUAAUCAAUGUCUGGUGUAAUAGGGUCAAAAGCCGCUCGUAUGACCCCUGACGUGACCUCAAUGUACAACUAGCCAGAUCCCCAUGGGGUAUAGGCCAUCGAAAGUAUAAAAAAACGAAACGAAAUGUAGAUCUGUAUUGUUAUUCGUUCUCUUGCUCAUUCUACUAGGCUGUGUAUAUUGGAGAAUUUUGUGUUGUUGGGUCUUUUUUCCAAACAAGAAUACUCCGUCUAUAGGGAAUACUCCUUUCUUAAAACAAUCCAUUAUUAAUUUUACCCGGGUGGGUUUGACAUUUUCGGUUAAACAUUAUUUUCAUUAUAAUAUGGAUCGAUUUCAAAUAAUGAAAUUGUGUGUAUAGAAAGAUCUAUUCACUAUUCUUACGUCAUCGGUGGAUUUUUUUGUCGUUAAAUGUGGUUUUGAAAGAUAGUAUUAAAACCGGACAGCGUUUGGUCCGAGACGGUAAUAAGCCGAGAUAAAAACCGACUGGAAACACGCUCGUUAUAUACUCAUUGAACAUGGCCACCACAAGACUAUAUUUGUCAGUGUCGAUUAAAACGAUUUUCUUUUUGGUCUUUCAAACUGUAGUAGGGAAAUGUGUUUUCUUAUGGUGAUGAUUUAGGCACUUACGUCAAGAACAUCUAAAACAAAAGUUGGUCCGAGACGGUAACCAGCCGAGAUAAAAACCGACUCGAUACACGUUAUAUGCUCACUGAACAUGGCCACCAUGUCAGUGCCGAUUAAAACGAUUUUCUUUUGGUCUUUUAAAUUGUAAUGGGAAAAUGUGUUUUCUUAUGAUGAGGAUUACGUCAAGAACAUCUAAAAAAAAUGUGCUUUGGAAUGUAUAAGAAGUUGAUAAUGGAGAAGAUGAAGCAGGUUAGCUUAAUGACCUGUGAACAAUAUGAACACUAUGUUUGAAUUAUGAAUGACGUGUUAAUAAGUCGUGUAUUAAAUAUGUUGUCAUUAUGUGUUA